CCACCAAUGUGUCAAAGAAUGCGUCAUCGCCACGACUACCGCUCCCAAUAGAACCGGCGUCAAACCGCGGCGGGUCAAGCCGGUACCAACUUUUCUCUCUGCAGUUCUCCAAAAGAGUUCGACUGGAUUGGAUCUCAUCACCAACAAAUAAUAAUUUAUAUAAGAAACAGAUAAAAUGGCAGCAUCACAGUACUAUCACGUGCAGCAGUGCACACCAACUGUUUAUCCAGCUGAUCCCUUCGAUCCUGAGGAGGAUGCAGCACUAUUACGUGGUGCAAUGAAAGGAUUUGGAACAGACGAGAAAACAAUUAUUGAUGUUUUGGCACGUCGUGGAAUUGUUCAACGUCUUGAAAUUGCCGAUAAAUUCAAAACUAUGUAUGGCAAGGAUUUAAUUUCUGAAUUGAAAUCGGAACUUGGUGGAAAUUUCGAAAAUGCUAUUAUCAGUUUGAUGACACCGCUACCAGAAUAUUAUGCACGUGAAUUAAACGAUGCAAUUUCCGGUAUUGGUACCGACGAAAAUGCGAUAAUCGAAGUUCUUGCAUCUCUAAGCAAUUAUGGAAUCAAAACAAUAUCUGCUGUCUACAAGGAUCAGUACGAUAAAGAACUUGAAGAUGACUUGAAAGGAGAUACAUCUGGCCAUUUCAAAAGAUUGCUUGUUUCUCUAUCAUGUGCAAAUAGAAAUGAAGACGCUAAUGUCGAUGAGGCAGCAGCCGUAAUGGACGCUCAGAGACUUUUAGAAGCUGGAGAAGGACAAUGGGGAACUGAUGAAAGCACAUUUAAUGCUAUUUUGAUUACAAAAAGUUUCCCUCAACUUCGCAGAAUUUUCAAAGAAUAUGAACGUCUCUCUGGAAACAGCGUGGAAGAUGCUGUGAAGAGAGAAUUCUCUGGCUCUCUCGAGGAUGGCUACCUUGCAGUUGUAAAAUGCGCACGUGAUAAAACUGCAUAUUUCGCCGAAAGAUUACACAAAGCCAUGUCAGGUAUGGGAACUGAUGAUAAAACAUUAAUUCGUAUUAUUGUGGCAAGAUCCGAAAUCGAUUUGGGAGAUAUUAAAGAAAUGUAUCAAAAAAUGUAUGGUCAGUCUCUCGCUGGUGAUAUCGAUGGUGACUGUUCGGGAGACUACAGGAAACUUUUACUAGCCCUGACCAACUGAAUUAAUUUAAUUAUUUCAUUGUUUUUCACUCAUUAACUCUUGAGAUUUAAAUUACUAUAAUAUUGUAUUUCAAUAAUUAAAAUUUUCAAUGUAUAUGUAUAGUAAAGUUUAAUAAUAUUGCGUUUCAAUUAUUAUUUAUUAAAUAUAACGUAGUUUUAUUCAUUUUCAAUUUUAAAUCGAAAUAUUUUUAUCACUCGCGUUUUGUGUCGAAUAUAUAUAUAAAAACAAGUUUUAUCAUUAUAUAUUAUAUUAUCAAAUUUUUAUCACAAUGUAACCAAAGAUGAUUAUUCAUUGUUUAUGUCACCGAUUGAAAUUAUUUUUCUGGAAAUAAAUCCUAUAUUUUAAACAAUUUAUAUAUUUAAAAUUUUUUUUUUUAAUUAUAUUUUAUUUAUUUAUGUUUUCUUUCUUUUAUUUACAAUUUUUUAUUUAUGAAUAUUAAAGAAUGUUUAUAUAUUAUUUCAUUUUCUAAAUUAUUAUUUUUUUUUUCUCAAUUUUUAUUUCGGAGUAAGUUUUUUCAUUUAGCCAAUAACAAAUAAAGCUUUGUUUGUAUAUUAAUUAAUUAAUCUAAUUAAAAUUUGUCAAUUUGAGCAUGGGCAUGAACUAUAUUUGUAAAUUAAAUAUAUCAAAUUUCUUACUAAAAUUAUUGUUUUUGAACCAACUAGUUUCUUAUAUAGUGAAUAAUAUUAAAUCGUUUAAAAAAGCAAAUAUCAAAAAUUAUAUCGGAAAUGGAUAUAAUUUUUCAAAAUUUUGAUAUUUUCUUUUUUGAACAUAAAAAAAUGCUGUAUGUUAUUAUUAAUGUAAUUCAAGGCGCUAAUAAAUUCUCGCAUUGUUUUGCGUUUACAGAGCGAUUGCAGUGCCGAUAUGAAAAGGCUCCUGACUGCGCUUUUGAAUUAAUUUAAAAUAUACGUCUUAUUCUCAUAAUGAGAUUAACCACCA